AUGAGCAUUUAUUAAAAGAUAAGGUCUGCCUCAAACGAAUUCUUAAGAGAUCUAAAAAUAAAUGAUAAUCAAUAGUCCUUUAUUAUCGGGAUGAUAUGUGGAUAUUUUUUGUAACAUAAUUCAGAAUGUUCAAUGACAGCAUUAAAGGAUUAAAUUAAAGCUGUUCAAGAAAUGAUAACAAAUGGCUUAGUUAAAGGAAAGUAUUUUGAUGAUUUGGCCUCAUCUCUAAUAAGUAAUCUUGAGAAACCUAGAAAUUUCGAUUUCUAAUAAGGUGGAAAUGGCACACCAAUAUUGAACGAGGAUUAUGAUCAAAAAUAAAAUUUGUAAUUCGAAGAUCCAAAUGAAGAAGCCACAAUGGCAUUAAUAAAGAAAUUGCAGGAAGAAGAUUAGAAGUUCGCUUAGAAAAAAUAGAUUGAGGUUGAAUAAGUGGAUUGUCCUAUUUGUUUCUCAAACUUAAUGGAGGAAGAUGUGAUGCCAUUGGAGUCUUGUGUUCAUAUUUUCCAUAUAAAUUGUCUCAAAGAGUUGUUAUUGCAGAGUAUAAAUGAUAAGAGGAAAUAAUUAACAUGUCCGGAAUAGAAAUGUGGGAAGGAAAUAGCAUUAAACGAUAUUUCACAUAUUGUGGGAAAAGAGAAGAAGGAUGAAUUUCUGAACUACACACUCAAUAAGUUUGUUGAUGAUCAUGCAGCUGACAUGUCUUGGUGUCCAACUCCAGAUUGUCAAUAUGCCUUUGUAUUAGGAGACGACGAUGAUAAUAAUCAAUUCGCAUGUCCUUUAUGUAAGAAACAAUAUUGUUUGAAUUGCAGAGUCAUUUUUCAUAAAGGAUAAACUUGCAAAGAGUAUUAGAUCACAAACACUAGAGAUUAGAAUGAUGUGAAAUUUGAAAAGUUUGUUAAAGGCCAUAAAUUCAAGAUGUGCACAAAAUGCAAGUUCUGGGUUGAAAAGAAUUAAGGAUGCAAUCAUAUGACAUGCAGAUGUGGAUAUGAAUUUUGCUAUGUUUGUGGAGGAAAAUAUUUACAAUGCGAAUGUGUUGAAAAAUAAAAAUAAUAAUAAUAGGAAUUCUUAAGAUAAUAGCAACUGCGUAUCUAGUAACAGAGGGAAUUAAAGAAACAACAAAAAAAAUCAGGUAAAGGCAGAAGAUGA